AUGGCACAGAUGGCCGGCGUGGAUAUCAUUACACAUGCUCCUCUGGACGGAGUCAUGAGCGAUGACGAAGUGCGGCAGAUGGUCGAGAACAAACGUAUUAGUGUCCCAACGCUGAUCAUGUUGGAGUCUGUUUGUCAGAUGAAGGGUAUUGAUCAGGAGAGGCCGGGCUUUGACUUUGCCAACGCACUCAAGACGGUAACUGUGCUGCACCAUGCGGGUGUACCUGUUUUAGCGGGCACCGAUGCCAACAACGUCCCAGGACGCGGGAUUCCUCAUGGCACGAGUCUGCAUCAGGAACUAGAGUUUCUCGUAAGUUGUGGGCUGUCUACAAAGGAGGCUCUUCAGUCGGCGACCAGUUUGCCGGCACACUACUUUGGUCUGAAAGACCGUGGAGUUAUCAAGCCAGGAUAUCGCGCCGAUUUAGUCUUGAUUGAUGGAAACCCUAUCGAUGACAUCAAGGCUACCCGAUCAAUCAAGAAGGUCUGGGUAGCCGGUCAGGAAUUUGUUCCUUCGACGACUAAAUGA